CAUGCGUUUUCUCUGCCUCCAUGGAAUGGGAGUUAGUAGUGAGAUCUUCAAAAUGCAAACUGCUGCCCUCCGAAAUGAACUUGCAGGGGAUCAUAGUUACGAGUUCGUCCAGGGUCACAUAGAGUGCACCAUGGCACCAGAACUUGAGCACAUCUCCGACGUCACAAAGCCCCAUUUCGCCUAUCACAACAACAGUCCGCAGUCCGCAAUCGAUGCAUUGAAAGAUUUGGAUGCAUACUUAACUUCGGAAUCUGCAUUUGACGGUAUCCUCGCUUUCAGCCAGGGCGCCGGUUUGGCCCUAAUGUAUAGCCGUUACUUCAUGAAUCUACGCCCAGGGAGGCCCUUGCCUUUUCGUUGCCUUCUUUUAUUCUCCCCGGUUGGCCUGCUGGAUCCGGUUACUUGGAUUGAGACCGGAAAGUUACGCCUGCUUGUGGAUACAGCCAGCCCCCUGAACAUCCCCAUAGCGGUGAUCACCGGGAAGCAUGACCUGCCACAGGCGAUAUCACAAACGGAAGAUAUUCACAGAAUGGUCCAGUCAGACAUGGGAUGCUGGAAAUACGUUCAUCUCGGUGGGCAUGAUAUACCAAAUGGCAAGGCGAAGAACGAUAUGAGAGGAACAGUUAGAGCACUUCGAAGAGCAAUAGCACAGGCUGAUAUGAUGAAAAGAAGCUGA